AUGUCGUCGCUAGGUCGCAUCGCGAGCCAUGCGUCACUUUUCGUCGCUGCGCCCGCCGCCGCCGAAGCCUUCGACAUUUCCCGUCCAUCCGUUCUGCUCGGAGCCGGCGCUGCCGACUGCUGCCAACCUCUUCCUCUCGACUGCGACUACAGCGGAGCCAGCAGCGCGGCCGGCGUGGAAAUGCAGGAGGGCAGCGGUUCAAACUUCGACGAGUCUAAUAUGUUCAGCGACAUUCCCGCUGAAGCGCAGCGCUUCGCGGAAGAACCGAGUGAAGAAUCGACGCAAUCCAACGUCCGCGGAACAAAGAGGGUUGCGGACGAGCCUCAGGAGCGGAGAGUCCGCGGGAAGGCGGAAGCGUUCAGUGCAACGAGCGCGGAUUGCCGCGGCGCGACUAACGGCGUCUCAACCUCAUCGAGCCUCCCUUGGUGGGUGCUCGAGGCGCUUGCGGAAGAAAAUGAGGGCGAGGGAGAGGUGGACGGCUGUCCGAUAACUUCAACUUCCCCCGCCGACUCCGCCUGCUCCGCCGCUGCAGGCAAUCACCUCCGCAGCAGUAGGAUUGGCGGAGGCCUGGAGGAAAUUGACUGCUCACUUUCGAGGAAGUUUGCUGGUGAGGAUUUUAUCUUCUCUGAAGAUGCGGAGUCUUUUCCUACCGUGGUUCCGCCGAGUUCUGUGAGCGGAGCUGGUGCCUGCGCGUGGGUGGAGACGCUCGGCGCGGAAGACAUCGGCGCUCUGUUGAAGGCAGAGCUUUGCGGGGACUCCUUCACUGGGCAGAGUGUGGUGGCGGAAGGGGAAGGUUUGGCGGAAGCUGAGGGGGCACUGGAUGAGCUCUGCGUGGAUGCUGUGCUGCGCGCGCAGUGCUUUGCGGACGAAGCGGAGAUUGGGGGGAAGCUUGAUGUGGAGGAGCGGGAAGCUGGGCAGUGGGACGCGGCGGGUUUGGGGAUGUGGUGCUGUGAGGGGCGCUUGGUCGCUUGCUAG